UCUAUGCAGCCAAGAUUCUUGGCAUAAUAAACUUGGAUUUUUGAUAUAUCUAAGUGAGAGUGAGACGCACCGUCACCAGGCUGUAGCGGUAGCAUUUGAGUCACCAGUUGACAAAACACAGCUGAGAGAGGAGGAGAAGAAAGACGAAACCCGAUAACCAACAAACUCAUUUGCAGUCUCUCGCACACUCACUGCCCACCAGUCUCUUUCCAUCAUCUAUACAUACUCUUUGCUUCCAUCCUCAUUCCUCCCUCCUAUUUUACCACAAUGCCACCUCCUCCGGCGCCGCUCCACCAUCGCCACGUCCGCCUCCUCCCACCCCUCCUCGCCGCUGCAGUAGCUUUAGCUUUCCUCUUGCUGUCAGUCAUUUUUUACCGCAAGAUCACACGCAAAAGAACUGUUCCAACGGAUCUGAAGCCCCCAUUUCCGCCACAGAGAUUUUCCUUCUCUCUCCUCCGCCGGGCUACCGACUCAUUCUCCGCCGCCAACCGACUCGGGCAAGGUGGGUUCGGGUCGGUUUACAAAGGGGUCCUUCCUUCGGGUCAAGAAAUCGCGGUGAAGCUCAUGAGCGAAGCUUCUAUUCAAGGGGAGCGCGAGUUUCACAACGAGCUGUCGCUCGCUUCAAGUAUAGACACCAUCUGCUGCCCUUAUGUUGUCUGUGUACUCGGAUUUUCAACUUCAGACGGGAAAAAGGACUAUAGAUUUCGGUAUUAUGAUCGUAGGAAGAAGAGAAGAGGAAGAAGGUUAGUGCUUGUCUACGAGUACAUGCAAAAUGGGAGCUUACAGGACGCUUUGUUAGAUCGCAAGUGUGCGGAGUUGAUGGAUUGGAAUAAGAGAUUUGCAAUCAUUAUGUCUGUAGCAAAGGGUCUUGAUUAUCUGCACAAUUCUUGCGAUCCGCCUAUUAUUCAUGGAGAUAUCAAACCUUCAAAUAUAUUGCUGGAUUGCAAUUUUGAUGCCAAAAUUGCUGAUUUUGGGUUGGCCCAGGUGUUGUCCGGAGGGGAUGAGAGGGUGGGGACGUUUGUGGAAGAGGAGGAGGAGAAGAUUGAGAAGAAAGGGGAUGAUUACGGGUCGAUCAUUGAGGAAAAUGAGAGCGUGGUCACAGAGGAUGCAGUGGUUGUGAAUGUGGAACAAUCACCGGACAGUUAUUGUGCGAGGAUAAUUGAUGAGGAGGAAGGGUUAGGGGCAGUGGAGGCAUCGCCUUCCGAGCCUUUGGAGAAGGAGGGCAGUGCUUCCGAAGUGAUUUUGGAUCGAAUAAGCAUUGACAGUGGGAAUAGGAAAGGGACUGUGGGGAGGGGGAAGAGCGAGUCUGGGAGGGAUUGGUGGUGGAAGCAAGAAAAUAUGAGUGGAUUGUCUGAUUCUGGGAGGGUAAAGGACUAUGUAAUGGAGUGGAUUGGGAGUGAGAUUAACAAGGAAAGGCCUAAGAAGGACUGGAUCAGGUCUACAAGUUCCAUAGAAGAAGGUGCUAAAGUGGAGCAAAAGAAGCAGGGGAAGAAGCUGGAGUGGUGGGCAUCAUUGGAUAGAGAGGCAAUGAGGAAGGAGAAGAAGAAUAGGAAGCCAAGGGAAUGGUGGAAGGAAGAAUUUUGCGACGAACUGGCCAAGAAAAAGAAGAAAAGGGGGCUUAAAUCUGAUAAUGAAGGAGAAUUGUGGUGGCAAAGGGAUGAAGAUGGGGUGGCCGAGAGAAAGAGGAGUAGAAGCAGGGGAAGUAGGAGCAGCAUUGACCGGUGGCUAGAAGGUUUUAGUGGGGAAUUUCGAAUAGGAAGAAGAAACAGCCAAGACUUUGCUAGUAGUGAUAUCCCCAAGAGUGGAGGUAUUAGUAGUACCCCAAGUAUGAGGGGAACCGUUUGUUACAUUGCACCUGAAUACGGUGGUGGUGCUCAGGCAUCGGGAAAGUGUGAUGUGUAUAGCUUUGGUGUUCUCUUAUUGGUUACCGUUUCAGGGCGAAGGCCAUUGCAAGUGAUGGCCUCGCCCAUGCCCGAAUUCGAAAGGGCUAAUCUGAUAUCAUGGGCUCGGCAGCUGGCCCUGAAUGGGAGGCUAUUGGAUCUUGUUGAUUCAAAUAUUCAGUCACUGGAUCGAGAACAGGUGCUGUUAUGCAUUACCAUUGCACUUCUCUGUCUCCAGCGAUCGCCUAACAAACGCCCCGACAUGAAGGAGAUUGUGGAGAUGCUUUCUGGCAAGUCGGAGCCGCCACAUUUGCCAUUCGAAUUUUCUCCAUCCCCACCAUCCAAUUUUCUAUUCAAGUCCCGGAGAAAAGCUCGGUAAGUUCAAUUCUGUAUCAAGUCUAGUUUCACUAAUGUAGAGCUUACUGUGCUAGAGUCUAUUACACUUUUAACAGGGUCCUGUGUAGAAUUUGGUGGAAGAAAUGGAAAGAUAGGCAAUACACUUUUCAUCUGCCUUUUUUCUUUUACGGAGUACAAUUCUUGUCCCAAAUCCUGAUCCCUUUGACCUCUUUGGUAAAUGAUGAAUGCACAAGGUUUCUCUUCAUUAUUGCUUCCUCACAAAGUGUUAAUGCUUAGGAAUCCCAUGCAUGAAGGGUAGGUAAAAUAUCAAUGAUAAUUGAUCUCACUUUUCAAGAGUUGAGGCCCCCUCUUGUACCAACGGAUUCAGUGCCAUUAGCUUUUUAGAGCUACACCUUUUGCAAGUUUAUGGGUGUAGAAGUGGUAUAGCCCUUUUGGGACCCAGAAAUUAUUUGGCUUUCUAUCUUGUCUGCUGCCUUAAAAAAGGGGUAAUCUUUGUUCAAAAGGGUCAUUAGUUUCAGGCAAGAAAAACCAAUCUAGGUCCCAUUGUCAUUCUAAAGUGAUUGCUUUCAUAUUCAUCUUCCUUUUGAAUCCUUAAUGCAUAAUCCCUUUGACAUAAUCCGUAUAAUGCGCAAAAGUAAGCAUCCAAAUGAAGGUCACUCGAGAAAGAAAAGGUGACUGAAGGCAUACACAUGGGAUGUCUACUGAUGUUUGUGUGUAUUGUCAUCACACGUUGGAUGGAAACAAGGGAUUUGGGCAUCAAAUGGAAGUCCCACGACUCUUGUGAGUCAUCUUUUCAGAAUAAAAUUUGAGGCUGUGAUAAAAAUGGAGCGUUCCCUCAGUACAGACCAGUGCACCCCACGUCACUUGCUUUUUGAGGAUAUUUUCAUCGUGAGGGGGACAUUGUUCUUCAAUAACCCACCAUUUUAUGGUUUCCAGAUAGACUAAAACAUAAAACAAUGAAACAGAUAUUCAAUGUACACCUUACAUUAAGUAUUUUCUUAGUUCUGACUCUACUGGUUUCUCGCAUGCUCAUAAAGAAGCUAACGAGUGAGCAGACGAAUCAUAAGUACGCAACUCAAAAGGAAUGUAUACGAUCUGCUGAGAUGAAUUGUGUUCAAAUGUUUAGUUCUGCAUGUCCUCUUUCAUCCUUAGCCCACUGUACCUCUUUAUUGUGAUUAUCUUCCAUCUUCAACCUCUUUCCAAGAUCUCAAUUCUGUAUGUAAGCAUGGAGGAGAGUUGACAGAUAAGAUAGGUGAGUGUGAUGAGAAAGUUGAGACUGGUAGAAUGAGGGUGUUAAUGUGGAGGAGUUUUAGGCUCCUGAGAGCAAAUAGUACAACUUGUUAUUUUUCUAUGGACUUUGAAGUUUGAACCAUUUCUGGGGACUAGUAUUCGCCAUAAUUAAAUGGGCUAUUCUGGAAAAGAAAGCAGACUCCGAAACUACCUGCACACAUGUUUGGCCCAAACUUUUCUGAUCCAAAACUAUUUAUAUGCUGCAAUAACUAUGGAGUUAAAAAGGUUGUUGAAAUGAGAAAUUAAUGCAAGCUAAAAGUGGAGAGGA